UCCAUCGCGGUACAGGAAAAGUUUUGUUGUCUCAGGUUUAACUUUGAGACGACGACCUAGGCACUGGGACCCGAACAGAACCAUCUAACUUCAGAGGUCCUUUGUCAAAUGGAUUUCUAAAGCCACCCGACUGGAUCAGUUUCCCUGGAAAAAAGAACCAUGGCGUCCACAGUCACUCUGGAGGAUGCCCUGUCCAAUGUGGACCUGCUGGAGGAGCUCCCGCUCCCAGAUCAGCAGCCCUGCAUAGAGCCCCUCCCAUCGUCCAUCAUGUACCAGCCAAACUUCAACACUAACUUUGAGGAUCGAAAUGCUUUUGUCACUGGUAUUGCCCGCUACAUCGAACAGGCCACCAUCCACUCCAACAUGAAUGAGAUGCUAGAGGAAGGACAGGAGUAUGCAGUGAUGCUGUACACCUGGAGGAGCUGCUCCAGAGCCAUUCCUCAGGUGAAAUGUAACGAGCAGCCAAACAGGGUGGAGAUUUAUGAGAAGACGGUGGAGGUGUUGGAACCAGAGGUCACCAAGCUCAUGAACUUCAUGUACUUCCAGCGUACGGCCAUAGACCGUUUCUGUGGGGAGGUGAGACGUCUGUGCCACGCUGAGAGGAGGAAGGACUUUGUGUCAGAGGCCUAUUUACUCACUCUGGGCAAAUUCAUCAACAUGUUCGCCGUGCUGGAUGAGCUGAAGAACAUGAAAUGCAGCGUCAAGAAUGACCACUCAGCCUACAAACGAGCUGCUCAGUUCCUCAGAAAGAUGUCUGAGCCAUCCUCUAUUCAGGAAUCUCAGAACCUGUCCAUGUUUCUGGCCAAUCACAACAAGAUCACACAGUCCCUGCAGCAGCAGCUGGAGGUCAUUAACGGUUACGACGAGCUCUUGGCAGACAUCGUCAACCUGUGCGUGGACUACUACGAAAAUAAAAUGUACCUCACGCCAAGCGAGAAGCAUAUGCUGCUCAAAGUCAUGGGCUUUGGUCUGUACCUGAUGGAUGGGACUAACAGUAACAUCUACAAAUUGGACGCCAAGAAACGGAUCAACCUCUCCAAGAUCGAUAAGUUCUUUAAGCAGCUGCAGGUGGUGCCUCUGUUUGGAGAUAUGCAAAUCGAGCUGUCUCGGUACAUUAAGACCAGCGCUCACUACGAGGAGAACAAGUCCAGGUGGUCCUGCACGUCGGCUGGCAGUAGCCCCCAGUAUAAUAUCUGUGAACAGAUGAUUCAAAUCCGAGAGGAUCACAUGCGUUUUAUCUCCGAGCUCGCGCGCUACAGCAACAAUGAGGUGGUCACUGGCUCAGGUCGUCAGGAGACUCAGAAGUCUGAUGCAGAAUACAGGAAGUUGUUUGAUUUGGCUCUGCAGGGUCUCCAACUUUUGUCUCAGUGGAGCGCCCAUGUCAUGGAGGUGUACUCUUGGAAGUUGGUUCACCCCACUGAUAAAUACUCUAAUAAGGAGUGUCCAGACAAUGCAGAGGAGUACGAACGGGCCACCAGAUACAACUACACCAGCGAGGAGAAGUUUGCCCUGGUGGAGGUGAUGGCGAUGAUUAAAGGCCUGCAGGUUCUCAUGGGGCGGAUGGAGAGCGUUUUUAACCACGCCAUCCGUCACACCAUCUACGCCGCGCUGCAGGACUUCGCCCAGCUCACCCUCAGAGACCCGCUCCGCCAAGCCAUCAAGAAGAAGAAAAACGUCAUCCAAAGCGUCCUGCAAGCUAUCCGUAAAACCAUCUGUGACUGGGAGACGGGACGUGAGCCACAUAACGACCCAGCGCUGCGCGGAGAGAAAGACCCUAAAGGUGGUUUUGACAUCAAAGUCCCGCGCCGGGCUGUUGGCCCCUCCAGCACACAGCUGUAUAUGGUGAGGACGAUGUUGGAGUCACUCAUUGCUGAUAAGAGUGGCUCUAAGAAGACAUUGCGGAGCAGUCUGGAAGGUCCCACCAUCCUGGACAUCGAGAAGUUUCAUCGCGAGUCUUUUUUCUACACCCACCUGCUGAACUUUAGCGAAACGCUCCAGCAGUGUUGCGAUCUCUCUCAGCUCUGGUUCCGGGAGUUCUUCCUGGAGUUGACCAUGGGCCGCAGGAUCCAGUUCCCCAUCGAGAUGUCCAUGCCCUGGAUCCUCACUGACCACAUCCUGGAGACCAAGGAGGCCUCGAUGAUGGAGUAUGUGCUGUACCCUCUGGACCUGUAUAAUGACAGUGCACACUACGCUCUGACCAAAUUUAAGAAACAGUUCCUCUACGACGAGAUUGAGGCUGAGGUCAACUUGUGUUUUGACCAGUUUGUCUACAAGCUCGCUGAUCAAAUAUUCGCCUACUACAAGGUUCUUGCCGGCAGUCUUCUCCUUGACAAGCGCUUGAGGUCAGAGUGUAAGAACCAAGGGGCAAAUAUCUCGUGGCCUCCCUCAAAUCGCUACGACACUCUCCUCAAACAGAGACAUGUCCAGCUCCUCGGCCGCUCCAUCGACCUGAACCGACUCAUCACCCAAAGAGUGUCAGCGGCUCUCUACAAGUCUCUGGAACUGGCCAUCAACCGCUUCGAGAGCGAGGACCUCACAUCCAUCAUGGAGUUGGAAGGUUUGUUGGAGAUUAACAGAAUGACCCAUAAGCUAUUGAGUAAGUACCUGACCCUGGAUAGUAUGGAUGCCAUGUUCCGAGAGGCCAAUCACAAUGUCUCCGCCCCUUAUGGACGCAUCACGCUCCAUGUCUUCUGGGAGCUCAACUACGACUUCCUGCCCAACUACUGCUACAAUGGGUCCACCAACAGGUUUGUUCGGACAGUUCUGCCGUUCUCUCAGGAGUUCCAGCGGGACAAACCGCCCAAUGCCCAGCCUCAAUACCUGUACGGGUCAAAGGCCUUGAACCUCGCCUACAGCAGUAUAUUUGGCUUCUACCGGAACUUUCUGGGGCCACCACAUAUCAAGGCCAUAUGUAGGUUACUGGGGUACCAGGGUAUCGCUGUGGUGAUGGAGGAGCUCCUGAAAGUCGUCAAAAGCCUGCUGCAGGGCACCAUUCUGCAGUAUGUGAAAACUCUGAUGGAGGUGAUGCCCAAGAUCUGCCGUCUCCCGCGUCAUGAGUACGGCUCUCCCGGUAUUCUCGAGUUUUUCCACCACCAGCUAAAGGAUAUCGUGGAGUACGCCGAACUGAAGACUGUCUGUUUCCAGAACUUGCGUGAGGUUGGCAACGCCGUUCUCUUCUGUCUGCUCAGUGAACAGAGCCUGUCACAGGAAGAGGUCUGUGAUCUGUUGCACGCUGCACCCUUUCAGAACAUCCUGCCCAGGGUUCAUGUCAAAGAGGGUGAGCGUUUGGAUGCUAAGAUGAAGCGUUUGGAGGCCAGGUAUGCAGCCCUGCACCUGGUGCCGCUAAUUGAACGAUUGGGAACCCCACAGCAAAUCGCCAUUGCACGAGAGGGAGACCUUUUGACCAAAGAGCGUCUGUGCUGUGGCCUGUCCAUGUUCGAGGUCAUUCUCAGCCGUAUCCGUGGUUUCCUGGACGACCCGAUCUGGCGCGGGCCGCUGCCCAGUAACGGCGUGAUGCACGUGGACGAGUGCGUGGAGUUCCAUCGGCUGUGGAGCGCCAUGCAGUUUGUCUACUGUAUCCCCGUUGGCGCACACGAAUUCACCGUGGAGCAGUGCUUUGGGGAUGGUCUUAACUGGGCUGGCUGUAUGAUAAUAACACUGUUGGGUCAGCAGCGGCGCUUUGACAUCCUGGACUUCAGCUACCACCUUCUCAAAGUGCAGAAACAUGACGGCAAGGACGAAAUCAUUAAGAGUGUGCCGUUGAAGAAAAUGGUGGACAGAAUUCGCAAGUUCCAGGUUUUAAAUGACGAGAUUUUCGCCAUUCUGAACAAGUACCUUAAGUCUGGAGACGGGGAGAACAUGCCCGUGGAGCAUGUCCGAUGCUUCCAGCCACCCAUCCACCAAUCCCUCGCAAGCAAUUGAGAGGUUGCAUCACAACUUCAACCAAUCCUUGGCCAGCAACGGCAAUCACAUCACAGGUUCCAUCAGGACCAACAACUGAGGAUUCAGUAGUAAAUGACCAAUAGGGGUUUAUAGCAUUGAGCAAUGCUUUUUAGUGCCAAACCAGUUGCUGAAGCACAUGGUGUAAUAAUGGCUGAGGAUCAAAGGUAGUGGAAAAAAGCAGUCAUUAAGACUAGUGUCAAUGUCUGCCUGUAGUGUUUUU